CGCCAUGAAGCGCUCCUUGGCUCCUUCGUCCGCGCUCUCAGCGAGCAAGAAAACAAAAUUCAUUCCUCCAUUCGUCUCUCAGACCUCAUCUUCCCUCCCUCUGUCGAACAUACAGUCGCAGUCAGGGCCUCUUUCUCGGCCAGCCGUAAAGAACACCAACAAGGCAUCGGCUAGCAGUGAGCCAAAGGCCGCCUCCUACUACCAAGUCAUGUGGUGCAAGCAUUCCAGCAAGAAGCAUAAAAAGUGGGAAGGAGAUGCCAUUCUGAUGACUCGGGGAAGUAGUGCUACUCUGACAGACACCGAAGGAAAAGUAAUUGGGAAGGCGACUGGAUACAAGUUGAGUGAGCUGUCAGGACUGGUGGAAGGAAGUACACUAGUCGUUGGAGGCAAGCAAAUCGAGGUGAUGGACGUGGUUAGUGAGGAGAACUGGAAGAAUGGAACUUGUUUCACAGGUGCACUGGCUGCUCCUAAGAAUUCAGUGUCUGUUGUUGAGCAGCCCUUGGCUCUGAGGAAACCCUUCGCUGUACCCUCGCUGUCUGGUCAAACAAUGAAACACACCACGACUCCUCGAGUUGUACAGCCACUACAUGACCCGAGUCUGAGAGGCUCCCUUGUCAUGCCAAGACCUACAGCACAGCAUCAGCUGGAGCACAACAUCAGUGGACUGGCCCUAGUUGAUGUGGUAGUGGACCCUCAUCUCUCCCGCUGUCUCCGACCUCACCAGAGAGAUGGCGUCAUCUUCCUCUACGAGUGUGUCAUGGGUAUGAGGGACUACGCCGGCUCUGGGGCCAUCCUCGCGGAUGAGAUGGGUCUUGGAAAAACACUGCAAUGCAUCACACUGCUGUGGACACUACUGAAGCAGGGACCGUAUGGCAGGAAGCAAGUGGCUCGAAGAGUUGUGAUUGUAACACCUGGCAGUCUUGUCAAGAACUGGGAGAAGGAGUUUGGGAAGUGGCUUGGUAAAGAGAGGUUGAUGGUGUUUGCUGUCACCGCUGACAACAGAUUGGAGGAGUUUGUGAAGUCGCCACGGUAUCCGGUGGUGAUAAUAAGCUACGAGAUGUUCCUGAGAACACACGAGUCACUGAGGGAGCUGAAAUUUGACGUGAUUGUUUGCGACGAGGGACACAGACUGAAGAACAACGCCACCAAGACCACAACUUUGAUUAUGAGCUUACCAACCAGAAAAAGGAUUGUGCUCACUGGAACACCUAUUCAAAACGACCUACAGGAGUUUUUUUCUAUCAUCGAAUUUUGCAACCCAGGGAUGCUUGGUUCUCGAUCAGCUUUUCAUCGUGUGUAUGAGCAGCCAAUCAUGGCUGGCAAGGAGCCGUCUGCUACGGCUGAAGAGAAGGACAUCGCUAGCAGAAGAGCUGACGAACUGAACAGGUUGAUAUCUCAGUUUUUCCUGAGAAGAACACAAGCCAUCAACCACCAAUAUCUCCUUCCUAAAGUUGAAUCGGUGGUCUUCUGCUCCCUGUCUCCUCUCCAAACCUCCCUCUAUUCCCACCUCGCGCAAGCCCAGCUGCAAAGGCUCCGCACCAGUCACUCCAACGACAUGUCUCAACAUCUGGUGUGCAUCGGGGCACUGAAGAAACUGUGCAACUCUCCCAGUCUCCUGUUCACUGCAGCUCAAGCUAACAGUGACCAUUCUGAUGAGAACUCUGUGAUGUACGACGUGCUGCCUCUCUUCCCGCCCGGUUUCUCUCCCACUGAAGACGUGACGCAGCAUUCCGGGAAGCUGCGAGUCCUCCGCGACAUUCUGCGAUAUCUCUUCAACCACACGCAAGAGAAGGUAGCCGUCGUCUCCAACUACACUCAGACAUUGGACCUACUGGAGAGAUUGUGUGGAGAGUGUGGCUAUGAGUGUGCGAGACUCGAUGGAUCCACUCCAUCCAGCAAGAGGAUGCAGCUCGUGGAGCACCUCAACAGCCAAUACACUCCUCAAAUGGUGUUCCUCCUAAGCUCCAAGGCUGGUGGAGUGGGACUAAACCUCAUAGGAGCAUCUCGACUCAUACUCUAUGACAUUGACUGGAACCCUGCCAAUGACCUCCAGGUUCUCUGGGGCUGAAGGUUUCUACAUAGGUUCUCCAUGGCAGAAGGUGUCUGUUGUUCAAACGUCAUCAAGUGCAAAUUGAAAGUAAUCUCAAUGAUGGGUAUUACACACGUCUUUGUACCUGACAGGCCAUGGCUAGGGUAUGGAGGAUGGGCAAAAGAGAAAGGUACACAUCUAUCGUCUUCUAACCACUGGUUCCAUAGAAGAGAAGAUAUACCAGCGUCAGAUCAGUAAAUCUGGCUUGGCUGAGGUGAUGGAGGCAAGAGCAGGCAGUGCUCAAACCGCCGUCAAAUUCUCAUCUGAAGAACUGAAGGAUCUCUAUCGACUUCGCACCGAGACAUUCUGCGAUACUCACGACCUUCUGGAAUGUAACUGCACGAAUGAGCAGGGAGGUUGUUCAUCAGUUCCAGUGGAACAGAGGGUUAUAGCUAUGGGUGAACUACUGGACUGGAAACACUACUUCAAGCCAAUUCGGGAGAGUGAUUUGAUGGACGGAGCACUGAUUGAAGCUUCAGACAAAAUCACAUUUGUUUUUCAGACAGAAACAAAUGCUGAUCAAUAACUCUAUACUUUUACUACGUAUCAUGGCACACUGCAUUCAUUGUUCAUCAUACUAAUAAGUUAUUCAUCAGUCG